GCUCGCGUUUUGAAAACAUUUUCCAUUGGUAACGUGGAAAAUUCAUGUCAAUUUAUGAAUUGAAAUUAAAAUAUUGAUUUCAUUAAAGCCCACAAAUACAGCGGCUCAUUAUAUUCAUUCAUAACUGUGUGUGAAAAUUAAGGCCAUACGAGCUUUAAUCAUGUCCGUAACUAAAAGAAAAAAUGUGCCAGAAAAGGAAGAGUUGAUUGAAAAUGGUUCUACACUUACAUAUACUGGACAAAGUAACAUAAAAGGAGAUGAACUGAAUAUCGCCGUAUUAUUAUUUCUGUACACUUUGCAAGGGAUUCCCCUGGGCCUAGCUGGAGCGGUGCCUAUGCUUUUACAAAAUAGAGGAAUCACCUAUACACAACAGGCAGAAUUCAGCUUUGUGAAUUGGCCGUUCAGUGUCAAAUUACUAUGGGCACCAAUAGUUGAUGCAUUAUUCUGGCCAAAGUUUGGCCGACGGAAGACUUGGUUGGUGCCUGUUCAGUAUCUCAUUGGCAUUGUUAUGAUCAUUAUGUCGAGCAGCAUUACAGACUGGCUAGGGUCUGAUGACAAAGCUCCUAACAUGAUGCUUCUCACUGUUACAUUUUUGUUUUUGAACUUUUUGGCGGCUACACAAGAUAUAGCAGUUGAUGGUUGGGCUCUGACUAUGUUGAAAAGGUGCAAUGUAGGCCAUGCGUCAACCUGUAACACAGUAGGCCAAACCGCUGGUUUCUUCCUCGGCUACGUCUUAUUCCUAGCCCUAGAAUCUCCGUACUUCUGCAACAAAUAUCUCAGAAUCGUCCCAGAAGACGUUGGCCUUGUCACUCUAGCCAGUUUCCUGUUCUUCUGGGGCUGGGUCUUCAUCGCUUCAACUACACUGAUAGCGAUCUUCAAACAUGAGGCUAAAGAAAGGGAUCACAAAGAGAAUGAGACUAAAGGAAUGAGUGUCAUAGUUGAUGCAUACAAACAGUUGUAUACUAUUGUGAAAUUGCCUGCAGUUCGGACUUUAGCUCUAGUUCUAUUUACUGCCAAGCUUGGUUUCUGUGCCAGUGACGCGGUGUCUGGUCUCAAAUUAGUAGAGGCCGGUGUGCCUAGAGAAGAUAUGGCGUUGUUGGCCGUACCACUAGUUCCAGUUCAAAUUAUAUUACCAGUGCUACUAGCUCGCUACACGACGGGCCCCGCGCCGCUGUCCCUAUGGCUGCACGCGUUCCCGUUCCGACUGAUAGUCGGUCCGCUAGCCGCUGGUUUGGUGGCCCUAACGCCUUCGCUACUUGGCGACUCUGGGCCUUCUUACUCGUACCUUUUGGUGUUGAUGGCUUUGUACGUUUUUCAUCAGACCUGCCUCUACUGCAUGUUCGUAGCAGUCAUGGCUUUCUUCGCCAAAGUCUCAGACCCAGCCGUGGGCGGGACUUACAUGACGUUACUCAACACUGUGUCCAACUUGGGGACCAACUGGCCUAACACUUUAGCCCUGUGGGCUAUAGACCAUUUGACUUUCAAGAACUGUUCACUACCGGAGAUGAGCGAUAAUACUUGCUCUUCAAAACUUGAAAGCGAUCUCUGUAAAAACGGCGGAGGCACGUGUGUGACCCGAAUCGACGGGUUCUACAUAGAAACAGCCAUCUGCCUAGUCGUAGGCUACCUCUGGCUACAAUGGGGCCGUCCCACCAUCAACCGGCUACAGCGCCGGCCCGCCUCGGCGUGGCAAGUCAGCACGCUAAGAUAAGGAAAGACUGUUCAUACUAUACGUAUAUUACCUCUAGCGUCCCACGAGAGUCAGUGUCAUUUAAAUAAAACAGUUUUUUUUAUAAUGACCAUUGUUAAUGGAUUUAAAUUGACAAUUUGAUAGGUUACUUUUGUAGUCAAAGGACACGUUAAGAGAGAAAGUUCGAUUAGAAAAAAGGGGGCGCUGGUGGUGGUAUGUCUUCAUUCGAUACCCCUGCUGGGGUGUGAGUGGCCCCUUCCGCGCUGGGCGCUGGGGGGGCUGUGUCGGGGCGCGCCCCAUCCUCGUGGGGCGGUCUGACGUCGUCAUUUUGCGGACGACUGGGCAAUUGGUGCUUUGUUCCUCGCUUUUAUUAUAUGGACAUGAAGGGGAAAACUGUGGCGCUUCAGUCGUCAUUCUGAUUGGUCACGAAUGCCGAGGCGCUGGCCGCCGCUCAUUGGCGUAGCGGACUCCUUAAGUUGGCUAUCCUGGGCAGUGUUGCGUUAUGCAGUCAUGGCGUUAACAGUUGGUAUGAGCUUCAAAUCUAGGCAAUAAAAGCUUGGAAAAAAUGAAUGCGCACCUAUCUACAUGUACAAUAUAAACUUGAGCCCUACAAGAAAACUUUGUAGUAACAUUUUGAACCAGAUGUUCAUUGUGUAAAUACAGCAGAAUUUACAUAGUUUGCUGAAGAUUCGAACAGAAAUAAAUACAAGAUGGUUACAAUUGAUGUACACUUCACAGAGUUUGUAGUAAUAUUUAUUUUAUUGUGGGACGCUAGCGGAUAAUCUAGUCUAGGUAUCUUUAUGGAUAAA